AUGUCGUCAUCAUAUGCUGCUGCUAUAUCAGCCCUUCUUUCAACCAGCUCUUCUACUUCACCCGUCAAACCCAAUCUUGACCCCUCCCCGGGCACAACAGGGAGUCCUAAACCUUCCCUCAAGCCCAACAAACCCCCCCCUGCAGUAAAGAUACAGGCUCAUUCACCUGAGCCUCUGGGAACCUAUGAGGAGCAACAGGAGAAUCCUGCAGACUAUGGCAUAGGUGGUUAUUACCUUGUUGAGAUUGGAGAGAUUUUUGUUGACCGUUACCAAGUGGUCAAAAAGUUGGGAUGGGGUCACUUCUCUACUGUGUGGCUGUGCUGGGAUAUGGAGAAAAGGCGUUUUGUGGCUCUGAAGGUGGUGAAGAGUGCUCAAACAUUCACAGAGACGGCACUGGAUGAGAUCAAACUUCUGAAAUGUGUAAGGGACAGCGACUCCAAAGAUCCUAAACGAGAGAGAAUCGUGCACCUCAUCGAUGACUUCAGGACCUCCGGAGCAAAUGGAGAGCAUGUGUGCAUGGUUCUCGAGGUGCUUGGCCACCAGCUGCUGCGGUGGAUCAUCAAAUCUAACUACACUGGCCUCCCCCUGCCCUGCGUUAAGAGCAUCCUCAGACAGGUUCUGCAGGGUUUAGAUUACUUGCACACUAAAUGCAAGAUUAUCCACACAGACAUCAAGCCAGAAAACAUCCUGCUGAGAGUGGACGAGGUUUAUAUUCAGAAACUGGCGGCCAACACCAAGCUGUGGCAGCUGCCCCUGUCCUCUGCUAUCACCAGCUCCUCAGUAAACGGAGGCUCCAGAGAAAAGCAGUCCAGCAAGGUCUCCAGGAGCUCAAUUAACCGACUGACGAGGAGAGACAGGAGUCGACGCGGACAGGAGAACACAGCUGACCACAAACAAAGAGACAAACCUCAUGUGUCGUUUUCUGAUGUCACUCCUCCCUCUAGCACCCAUAGCUCCACCGGUCACUCUAAACUCACAGGUCCUAACCUCACGUUAAGGAGGCAGACUCUGCUGUUGGAGGACGGACUGGACUCAGCUCCACACAGUCACAGAGACUCCAUCUGCUCAUGGCCAUACCUCAACACAGAUGCUCCUGUCUCUGGCUCUAGAUCAGUGUUAUUACAUCAGACUGCGGACAAUGAGCCGCCUCCACCUUCAUCAUCAUCACCCUCUGGUAUCAGUGACUCAGAUGUAAUUUUGGACCUACUGAAACCACAGAAUGCUGAUAAAAUCCUCAUCAAGAUUGCUGACCUGGGCAAUGCCUGCUGGGUGCACAAACACUUCACUGAAGACAUCCAGACGUGUCAGUACCGCUCUGUGGAGGUCCUGAUCGGUGCUGAGUACGACACACCAGCUGACAUCUGGAGCACCGCCUGCAUGGCUUUUGAGCUUGCCACUGGGGACUAUCUGUUCGACCCCCAAUCAGGAGCCAGCUUCUCCCGAGAGGAAGAUCACAUUGCCCACAUCAUUGAGCUGCUGGGACCCCUCCCAUCUCAGUUUGCCCUCUCAGGGAGAAAUUCCAAACAAUACUUCAACCGUAAAGGACAACUGCGACACAUCUCGAAGCUCGAGCCAUGGAGCUUGUUUGAAAUCCUACAAGAUAAGUACGAGUGGCCGCAGGAGGAAGCCGCCCAGUUCAGCUCUUUCCUCUUGACCAUGUUGGAGCUGCUGCCGGAGAAAAGAGCCACGGCUGCCCAGUGUCUGAAACACCCUUGGAUUGCCUCCUAGACAGCCUGGCCCUGUAUCGUUCAGAGCCCAGUGGAAUAGCUCUCUGUUCAGGAGCAGACUCAGACAUAUUGCAUG